AACACAUUUCCAAAGAUUUUUUAUUCCAAAUAAUCAAUAUUGUUAUAAAGAUAUCAUAUCAGAUACAUAUUUAUACAUAGUAUAUGUAAUUGUUCGUAUUUUUUAGAUAUCGUUGAUUUGAUUGAAACAAUGUUUUUGAAAGAACUUGACAAACACUUGACAAAUAUUUUGAUUAUAGAGAUCAUUUUAAAAAUAGUUAUUGACUAAUAGGAAUUCGGUUAUUGGCUAUUUCGAAACUGCCAAAUUUCCGCCAAUAAAAAAGAAGAGGGUGAAAAGGGAUGAAAGCCAUUCGAAAAUGUGUGGACCAAGGGUUGCUGGUACCGGCAGAACGAGGGAGAGAUGUUUUAUACGAUUGGCUUGAGAAGUCGGCGCAGUUGCCAAAUCUCCACGCGCAGUGGGGAUGAGUUGGUAGUGACGCGCAAUCUGAUUGGCGGAACUCGCGGUGCCGCCUUUCGAGUCUCACGGCUGUCGCACGGUCACACGGAUCCUCAGUUCGCAUUCGGAGGCCCUGCGAGCUACAUCUCUUUGAGAAGGAAAAGAAAGAGUCGACGGGAGCUUUCAAGUUUCCCCCUCCACGGGAUCCGCGGCAAAGAUUCUUCGAUCCGAAAAAGUGCCAAGUUUCUCUCGCACGUACUCUCUCUGUCAUCGGUAUAUACAUAUACACAUAUACGUAAUCGUCUUUCGUUUUCACGGUGAUCUCUACACGUGACAAGCUGAGCAUCGAAGAGGCUCGAAGGCAAGAGAGCGGCGUGCUUGUUCGACGCGAGAGGAGAUAUAUUUCGUUUAUUUGAUCGUUUGAAUUGGUUGAUUUCGCGAAUCUGAUUCGCGUCCUUGUUGAUCUCCUCGUACGCUUGAGAGAAUUGAAACGGGUGUGCUUCCAAUGUAAAUCUACAAGAGCGUAUCGUCGGAGUGGCAGUUUUUGUGUUAUCGAAGUUGGUAUACAUAUUACCACGGUUUUUUCACGAUUAUCACGUACGCUGUUCUGCUCUGAAGAAGAGGGAAAAGAAAAACAAGGCUUAGCCACAGCCGGAUCGCAACUACAUUAAAACUAGCUCCAGUGUGUUUUUGUGCGAAAUCGAAAGAACAUGUCGACUGCCGUCAUGAGCACCCCUAUGUUCGACUGUAGCAGCGAGCACAUAUUUAAGAACGCAUCUGCGAAGGCGAAGGAAGCGACAUCGGGAUCCGCGACAAACACCUCGAGCAACGGUUCGAGCGGGAACAAUGGGGGACACGGGCCACUUCGUCGCUACACCUCCCUGGUAACAACCCUGAUCGAGCAACACCGUAAACUGGAUCGCAGCGCGAGCGAGCCGACCUCCCGGUACAAGACAGAGUUGUGCAGGCCAUUCGAGGAAAGCGGCACCUGCAAAUAUGGCGACAAGUGUCAGUUCGCUCACGGGUACAGCGAGUUGCGCAACCUCGCCCGCCAUCCGAAAUACAAGACCGAGCUGUGCCGCACGUUUCACACGAUCGGUUUCUGCCCGUACGGGCCCCGUUGCCAUUUCAUCCACAACUUCGAGGAGGCUCGGAUCCACAAUCAAAAAGUGAGCGCCCAGCUGGGAUCCACCCAGCCCAACAUAAUAAGCCUGAAUCCUUUGUUGAGCGCGGCGGCGGCCGCGGCCGUGGCCGCCGGUGGAAACGGGUGCAACGGAUCCAACGUGAAUUCGAACAGCAACGUCUCGUUGCUCGAGCAGAUCGUCGCCUCUCCCCAAGUGACGGCGAUCGCCGCCGCGGCCACCACCCCCAGCCUCAUGAGAACCAACUCGUUGAGCUUGUGCAACUCGAGCAACGUGUACAACCCACCGCCAUUGCUCAGAACCAACUCGUUGAGCUUGACGACCAGCCAACACCAUCACCAUCACCAUCACCAUCACCACCAUCAUCAGACCGGUUCCACGAGUGCGAGCUCGGUGAUCGGCGCCACCAGGCCCAAGCCGUUGAAUCUCAGCCCGACCUUCUCGCUCGGCAGCACCGGGGACUCCAUUUCACCGUCGUCCAGCCUCAGUCAGUCGCCUACCAACUCGAUGGCGAGUUUCUUCAGCGACGACUGUAAUCAACAACCGUCCGUGACCAGCCUGCCCACCACGCCGUUCAGUUUUGGCCAGGAUUUCGGCCAACUUCUCGCCACCAGGCAGAGCCCCAGCCCGCGAACCAACAGCGUUUGCAGUCCUUUGGGAUCGGACGAGCUCGCGCCAAGGACGCCGUCCCCAUUGUCGCCCAACGCCGAGUCCAGGCUCCCUGUGUUCAACAGGAUCAGCAGCACUCUCACCGACUUCGACAAUCUUAAGAUCUAAGGGAGCUCUCCUUUCCGACUCCUGGGUCCUUCCACUCUUUGGUAUUUUAUUCUUUUUGUUUUCUUCUUCUUCUUCUUCUUCUUCUUUUUCUUCUUCUAUUGGUACUAGUAAUGCUGUGUCUUCUUCUUUUUUUUUCUUUCUUUUUUCUUUCUUUUUUUUUCUUUCUUUCCUCGCAAUCUUUUUAAGAGAUGUAUGCGCGUACGAGGAUGUUUCGAACAACACGUGCGAAGGAAGAACAAGAGAGAGGACAAACAAAGAGCGUUGGACCCAAAAAUAUAUAUUACUCUAAUUUAAUAAUAUCGAUGGAAAAGACAGGAGAAUGUGUUUUAAGGGAGAGGGACACGGACUCUUCCACCGACUUGAAGAGGUUUUUUUUCUUUUUUCGUCUUCUUCUUCUUCUUCUUCUUCUUCUUCUUUUUAUUCUUUUUACACGCGCGCGCGCGCGCGCAUACACACACAUACACAUACACACACAAAUAUAUAUAUAUAUAUUUUUUUUUAACAUUUAAACUGCAUUUCUCGCGUUAGACGGAUCUUUCCUCUCCGUCAGCUUCUUAUUUAAGCGUUUCUUUUCUGUUCGUAGGACACGUUAGGCAUCUUACUCUCGUUCUUUAAAAAACGAUCAUCUCUUCCUUUUUUUUAUCAUAAUCGUCACGAUUAUAUUAUUAUAUUAUUAUAUAUAUAUAUAUAUUAUUAUCGCUACAAUUUAAUAUUAAUUAUUAACGUUAUCAUUAAUAUCACUAUCGAUAUUGAAUAUCGUUAUAUUAAUCUUAACCGUAUUAAUAGCGUCAGACAUUUUCUGACCAACGGAGCCGUUUUUCAUCUCCUUGCCCGCCCCCCCUCCCAUUAUCAUCGUUUCAUCGUCAUCGUUUCAUCGUCAUCAUUAUCAUCGUUAUCGUCAUCGUCAUCUCUUUUUAUUUUCUUUUACUUUAAGUUUACGCUCGUUUAACGGAAAGGACGAGAUGAUAUCAGCCCGGAUGUCUCGACCUGCUCGUGGGAAUCCUUGAUAUAUACGCGAUUCAACCAUGGAGAAAGGGAAAAAUAUACGGGGAAAAAGGGGGAAAAAAAAACGUAAAAAGAAAAAAAAGAAAAAAAAAUAAUUUAGGAUUCUAAGAUCCGAGAGCAGAAAUAUCGUAUAAAAUAAUAUAUCGUAUAUAUAAUAGAAAUAUUCAGAAACGACAAGGCGAAUGGAAACAGGUCGGAACGAGAGGGACGAGUCCAAGCCUCUACCGAAUUGUGUGACUUCCUUCGAGAAAGUUGUUCUUUGAUCUCUCUUGGACCCAUAACCCCGUGAUCUCGUCUCGUUUCCAUCGUCGUCCAUCCGCUUUGUCCGUUCGCUCUUCCAUUUUGUCUCCUCCGUACACACAAGGAUACUCACGGGAACGAAGCGUUUUUUUUUUUUUUUUAAUUUCGAUCCGGGGCAGGUGAAACGUUGCAAUAUUCCAAAAUGAUAUUUUUUUCUUUUCUUUUUUUUUUUUUUUUUUUUAAUUUCUUCUUCUUUCGUUUUAUUCUUUAAUAAUAAUGUUCGCGUUUUUUCCCUCCGGGAUUAUUCCCCCCUCCCCCUCUCCUUCAUGUUGCGAAAGGACGAGGGAGGGGAAAGUUGUAUUUCGAGAGUGAAAGGGAGACGAGAGCAAGACGCAUGCGAGAGAGAGAAAGAGCGGAAAGCAAGGCGGAUCGAGAGGAAGAGAGAAAGAAAAAUAGAAAGAGUCACAGGCAUAUAUAUAACGUAUAUGUAUAUUUAUACAGAAACGAGUUUUCGUCGCGUUGGUAUUGGAUCAAGUGACGAAACGCGCGAAACGGAUCAAAGAUCAUGCUAUGCAGAUUAAGUGGCUUAAGAACUCCGAUUGUCUUCCAAUGUUAGAACGAGUAAGAGAUUCGUUUGUGUGUUCGUGUGUGCGUGUUCCGUUUGUGCGUAUGAGUAACUUGGACACAGAGCGAAAGAGGAGGGAGAGUGGGAUCGGAUGGUGAGAGCAACGGGACGAGCAAAAGGAAAGAUAAUGAGAGAAAGUGAUACGUUUGUAUGUGUUACGUGUGUAUAUGUGGAAAUUACGUGUCGGGAGACGAAACGUGUCCAUGGGAUGAACGAAAGUGCGUUUAAAAAAUAAGUUACGCGAUAUUGGAUAUUUUUGUAAAGAAGGAUUCGGUCAGGGCUUUCGAUCGUCACGAGACGAACUUUUGUUAAAGACGAUGAGAAAAAGAGAGAGGGAGAGAGAGAGAGAGAGAGAGAGAGAGAGAGAUUUGCCUUCAGAAUUCGUUUAUUUUUUACUUCGAGACUUUUAUUCUCGAUUUACUUUUCAUUUUCUGAUUUAUCGGACUGAAGAGAAUCUUAUCGGAUUUAUCGUAGUUUGAUAUUGAGCAUUUCGGUUUUUUUUUUUUUUUUUACCAUUCUUCGCUUUUAUCCGUUCUCUUCUACGUUUUCGUUUAAUCGAUUCGGUCGAAAGUGUGAGGUAGAGAAAAUGGAGAAAAGUGGUAUUUCUUCUAUUCAUUUUUACCGAAAGAUAGGACAAUCGAAUUAAUUAAUAAGAAAUUCUAACGAUAACGUCCAGAGAACCAAUUUUUCCCCACGAGUUAUCUUGUCCAAAAGAAAGCAAAUCUCUGUAAGAAAAUUUGAUUAUUUAUCGUAGUUUUAACGACUUCAAUAGCAAUCGAAAUAAUUUUAUGUUAGAGAAUAUCGAUGUUAGCUUCCUUAAUGGUGCCUUAAAUGCGUGCCUCAUCGAUAAAUAAAUGAACGAUGAACGAGUAUUUGAUUAAAAAAAAAAAAAAAAAGAAAAAAAAGGGAAAAAAGAAAAAAAAAGAAAAAAUAAUAAUUGGAGUGUGAUAGAAAGAGAGAGUGAGUGGGAGAGAAUGAAAGAGAUAUCAUCAAUUUCGUGGUAUAUAUAUAUAUACAUAUAUAUUUACAUUGUUCUUUCCCAUAAAAAAAUGUGAUAUGUAACUAUUGCAAUAGAAAUAUUAACUAUUAUUAAAGAAAAGAAAUCUAUUAUAGAGAGAGUGCGAGUCAAGGAGAGAGAGAUAUAUCGAGCGAAAGUGAGAGUAUGGUCAGAGGAAUGAGGCGGCGUAAUUUCGUGAGUGCUUCCAUCUAGCGGGGGAAGAAAUUAUUUUUCGUAUCCCAAAGACAUUCGAAGGAAAUGAAACAAUUGCACCAAUCAAUUCUUAAUUUUUGGUGUAUAUUCAAUAUAUAUAUAUAUAUAUUUAUUAAUUAUUAUUUUUCUCCCCUUUUUUUUAAAAAAAAUACGAAUUCGAUGCAAUCUUUGAGAUUUUAAUAUAUCGGAUCGAUUUUUUUGGCGAAAAAAAAUAUUUAUUUCCGCCGCGCGUCGCUUCAAACCGAGAAUGUCGAGAGAGAGAGAGAGAGAGAGAGAGAGAGAGAGAGAGAGAGAGAGAGACAAAAACGAGACAAAAAAGAAAAGUGCCUAAAUGACGUAGUUUUUGAAAAUCGAAUACAUCUUGUAUAUAUGCACAUCAUACACUCUUAUGCUAAAACAAAAUAUGUUUUCAUUUAAUUUAUACUUGAAACAAAUAUUAUUAUAGAUUUAGUUUAUUAUUAUUAUUAAUAUUAUUAUUAUUAUUAUAUUAUUAAUAUAAUUAUUUUUAUUAAUAAUUAAUUAUUAACUAUUAUUAUUUUAUAUUAUAUUAUAUAUUAUUAUUAUUAUUAUUAUUAUUAUUAUUGUAUUCAUAGCAUUGUACGCCUCGAUUGCAUACGAAGUAGGUGAUCAUUUACUUCGACGAACAGUACGGCACAUCCAUUUAAUAUUAUCUUCAUUAUAUUAUUUAUCUGGCUGAUCGUUUCUUUUUUCUUUUUAUUAUUAUUAUUAUUAUUAUUAUUAUUAUUAUUAUUAUUAUUAUUAUUAUUAUUAUUAUUAUUAUUAUAUUAUUAUAUUAUUAUAUUAUUAUUAUUAAUAUUAUUAUUUUUUUUGUUUCUUUUGCCUUUUUGUAAAACGAUGCAAUCAAUUGCUAGUGCAGUCGGUUGCUUCGAUGAUCGUCGUUCAAAACUCCGAACUAAAGUCAAUUAAUGCCGUGUCUUAUCUAAUAUAUAUAUAUAUAUAUCGUCGCAGAUUAUCGUGGCCCUAUAUAUACAUUAUAUUAUGCUAUUAUUAUUAAUAUUAUUACUAUUGCUAUUACUAUUACUUUUGCUAUUACUUUAUAUCAUUAUUACCAUUGCUGCUACCACUAUCUAUUAUCGCACUAGUGUUAAUCCAGCAUUACCGUCAUAAAUAUUUACCAUUAUUGUCAUCGAUCAUAUCUCCGUUUAUUACCAUGAUUCUGUGUCGAGAAACGCGAAGGUUCUAUCCCUUAAAUCCCUUACAUUUUCGAACUCGUGACGAGUUCAACUUUUGUACAUCUAUUAUUUAAUGAAUGCAUUAUUUAAUUCCUUGCCAUAACACACACGCACUCUUCCGUUUCUCUCGUGCCCCUGCGAAACGACACGCGCGAUAUAGUCCCCUCGCUGCCAGUGACCAGCCAUAUACUGACAAAGUCUCGUUCCUCUUUCGAUCUAGACAUUUGGAUCGUAAAAAUUCAGAAAUUACAAUAGAUGAUACGAUAGAUAGAUAAAAAUUUAAAAGUUUGAAAAAUUGUAAAGAAGAGGAUAAUUCUUCCAUAAAUUGGAGAUAUUCUCGUUCAGUUCGCGAGUCAUCAUUCACUUGUACUCGUUGUCAGAAGAGAACUCUUCGCACAUAAUUUACGCACGACGCGAAAUGAGACGACCAAUCUCGAAGCGAGUGGACGUUUUAGCUGGUUCUGUGCUACGGUAACCAGGAAAGGGAUAACGUAGCAGGGAGAGCCAUCUAUAGAGGGGGCGAGAGUAGUAUAGAGAGAAAAGAACGCGUUUACCAGACGCGGAGAGUGAAAGUUCCCUCGAGUUUCUUCGUCGCUCGGAACGAGAGAUAAAAAGAUGCGUAGGCACAGAUGGUGGCACUGGUGGAGGGGGGGUUAUGGAGGCCUAUGUUCCACGCGCGUUCUCCAAAACGAAACCAAGCGUUAUACUAUACACCACCGUGUAAUACACGUACAAGUUCACGUUUGUCUCUCGCGGCCAAACGGGAAGAGGCACGACGAACUUUUCGAGUUCUCUUCUCGUGUCGCGAGAGAUCCGCGAUUAUAUUCGCACGACGAUGAAAGAAGUAGCGACGGCACAUUUUUUCAAAAGCGUCUCGCGAUGCCACCGAGUCUCUUUCGUCGUGUUCUGCCAUCUUUGUUAUUAUAUCGUUAUUUAUAUAUUAUUACCAUUCUUUUCCCGCCUAUUUUUUGUUUUCGUAGAAAAGUGGCCGAAGAUUUCUCUCUUUUGAACUUUUUCUUCUUCUUUUUUCAUAAGUUGUGAUUUUGUUCGACCACUUGAGAGAUAAAUUUAUUUAUUUAUUUUUUUUCUUUUUAGUUUUGCAUAAUCAUAGCCGAUGAGUUUUGAGUACGAAGAAAUACUUGUGUAAUUUUUAUUGUAGUUUUGAAUUUGUGUUUACAAGAGACAACAUAUAAAUAUUUCUUGAUUGAACGUUUUUUUGAAUAUGUAAACAAUUUUUAUUUUUUUUGUAAUUUAAAGAUUGUUUUAUAAAAUCAUUUUUCAUUGAUAAAAAUUACUGAAAAAUUUAUGAAAUGUAAAAUGUAAAAAAAAAGUUGGUCGUUAAUUUUUUAAAAAAAGUUAAAGACGCGAAACUUUUUUGUUUAAACAUUUCUUAAAUUUUACAUUUUUUUUUUCACAGAAUCUUAAUAUAAUACAGAAUCUUACAAGAAAAAUAUUUUUAUGUUAAGGAUGAAAACGUACUCAAUUUACACGUUAAUUUCUAUAUUUAUUUUUAUUCUCAUAUUCCACAACUUAAAAAUAUGUAUUCAAUAAUCCUCGAGAAGAAACUCGACAAUGAUUUAUAAAGAAAUUCACAGAAUUGAAGAAUAUACAUAUAUAUAUAUAUAUAUAUAUAUUAGGAUAUUUAAUUUAUUUAUGAAUUUAUAGAAAUAGAUCGAUUUCACUUGCAUGGAGGCAACGUAAUUGUAUACUUUGCAUACGUGCUAUUUAUCAAUCAUUUUUUUCUUCAUUUUUCGUUCCAAAUCAUUUUUUAUUUUUCUUUCUUUCUUUCUUUUUUCCGAAUGGAACGAAACAAUGUACAAUAGGAAGGAACACUCUUCAAUUCGAACACAAUCUUCAUCCAAACACGCUUCUUUGAAUUCAUCCUUACCGUGUAUUCGCACGUUUCUUCUUUUAUUUACAUUGUACACUUACAAACUUAGCUGUAAAUAUCGAGUUUAAACGAGCACGAAUGAGCACAAGAAAGAAAGGGAGUUUUUUUAGUUGAUUAGUGCAAUUAAUAUUGUUAUACCUAUUUAUUCGAAUCAUUUUACAGACAGAUUCUUACACGUAGUAGACACAAACACGCGUGUAAGUUAGUUUUCUCAUAUUUUUCGUUUCCUUUUUUUAUCAAAGAAGCGUAUUGUACAAUUCUUCCAAGAAUUCACGGUUUUUUUUUUCUAUUCCUUCCUUCGUAUAUAAAUAUUUAUCUAUCCCUAUUUUGUCACUCGUAUGUGCAAGCAAAAUAUAAAUAAAAAAGCAAUCUCCUGUUUGAUCGAGAUAUAAUGAUGAAGCGGCAUUAACGAGACUCGGUCGCGGUAGCGAAACGACGCUAAUUUUUCGUACCCUCCUGUUAUAGACUUGACAACUUAUAUAUAUAUAUAUAUAUUAAAAUAUAAUAUUAAUAAUAAAAUAAUAUACUUUACGUUACGUCUUUUUUUUAAUUUAAUAUAUUUAUUUUUUUUCAAUCAAGUAUUUAUAUAUUUAUACAAUAUUUUAUACAACGUUCUUCACAGAUACACGCUAUAUAUAUAUAUAAAAAUAUAUAUAUUAUAAUAUAAAUAUGUAUGUACGUAACAAGACGCGUUACGGCGAAUAUUGUAAUGUGACAGGUCGAUCUCUUGGCUCUCAGAGGAAAACCGAUACGAUCACUCUAGCAAACCCUUAAGAUCCUUUAUCUCUUAUAACUAUUAUUAUUAAUAUUAAUAUUAUCAUAUUAUUUUUUUUUUAUCAUAUAUUUUCUUCCAUUUCUCCGAGACCAGCCUAAGAAACGUAUUUCUCUCCCCCCUUCCCCCACCUUUCCUCUUUUUUUUUCUUGCCCCAUGGGGACGUUAUCUAAUUCCUGAUUCCGGGAUUAGAUGUGCCGAACCAACAGGUGGUGUGCAAAUCCCAUCCCCAAAAAAUACAAAAAAUGGAAAAAAAGAAAAAAAGAAUUAAUUAACGACGAAAGUGUGUAUACUUAAUUUCUCCUUGUGAUACAUACGAGCAUCGAUUUUCGAGAUCGAUGGUCGUUCGAGAAAAAUAUUUUGCGCGGGAGAUAUAUUAUUAUGUAUCAUGUUCGACGAAAGCGAGAGAGCGAGAGAGAGAGAGAGAGAGAGAGAAAGUGUGAGCACGCGCGCGAGAGAGAGAGAGACAAUUAGCGAUACGUACUAAGAGAGAACGAAAUGCGAUUUUUGGGAGCCAAUUGAUAGGCUGGCGGAAGUCGUUCGGACCGGACAUACGUUAUCGCGUAUACGCUCCAUCAGAGAUUCGCCGUGAAAUCUUCCUUUCGUCGCGUUCGUCGGCCAUGUACGUCGGCCAUCUUUUUCCGCUGGUCGACACGAUUCAAACAACAAAUUGUGUAUAAAUUUAUUUUAACUCGAUCGUGAUUUCGAUAUUUUUCCAAUCGUUUCGAACCAGAUUUCACGGGGAUGAUCCAAGGUUGUUUUUGUUUUUCUUUUUUUUCUUUUUUCCUCCCCCUCCCCUCCCCCUCCCCUCACUUUUCUUCGACGAGAGAGCGUUGGUCGCGACACAAAAAAACGUGAUACACAGCUCGAACGACUUCGGUCUAAUCCACAAUGGGACCACAAAGGUGAUAAAUGCACAUAGAGUUUCGUUGAUUAGAGGAAUGGCGAGCCUUGAAAAAUAAAGAAAAAGGAAAAUAUGGGUCAUCGGUUACGAGGAGCGAUGUUCAUCUUUCGAUUGGAGGAGAAGGAGAAUUUUUAUCCGGGAUUUUUCUGCUCGUAAAAAACGUAAAAAAAAAAAAAACGAUUUUGUUCGGUUGAUGAAUUGCACGAUUGAUUUUUUUUCGAUUUCUAUGAUUUUUGUUUUUUCCAUCCUUCCUUCCUGUUUAUCGCUCCUCCAUGUGGAACGUGAACAUCGAUCUGCGCGAGACGACCCCUUUUUUUUUUGUUUCAUUUACCGAAAAAACACACGAAUGAAGAAAAUUAGUAGUUUGAUAAGUAUUGCCAACAAUACACUAUCUAUUUAAUACAUUUUAUUAUUACAAAAUAA